AUGAUGAAAAAUGCGAUGGAUAAAUCGAAAAGUUCGGAAAGAAUAUUUUUGUUUAUUUCGAAAAAUGUGGAUUUGAGUUUGCCGGGAGCGAAAUUGUUGUCACCGGACGAUUUGUCGAGAAGAAGCGCAGAAUUUUCGAGAUUUGUUGGUGCAGUCGAAGGUGAAAUUGGAGAUGGAAUUGAUUUUUGAAUGAAAAUGAGGAAUUGAGGAAGAAAUAUGCGAAAGAGGUUGGAGAUUGGGUAAGUAAUGAGGGGAGUAGAUCUAGAGGAUUUUGAUUCAGAAUCCGAAGUUUGACGUAUUUUUUUCAAUAAUAGCUUUUUUCCAGAUGCAGAACAAUGGAUCCGAAAUUGGAGUGUGGACACUGGGUGGCUCAAAUUAG